AUGGGCUUUUGGCGAUUUUCACAAAAUAAUUCUUCCAUUCUUUCUUCAUGUAAAUUUGGACAGUAUCUUUGUAAUUUAAAAAAAAUACUUCUAUAAAUUAAUGAACUGUUUUAAGAUUUUAACUAAUUAACCAUGAAUAAACAAAUCCUGGCUAAGGGCGUUACUUGCACGCGCCGCCAGCAAAUCCGCCGCUUUUUCUUCCACUUUGUAUGUAUUACGGAACUCCCGAGUUGUGCCUAUCACCGACUACACCACCGUCGCCAAUGGAUAUGGAUGGAAUUGCGAAUACCACUCAGUUGUCAUCCCAUUGGGCUUGCAAAGAAGGGUUGAGAGUUUGCUUCAGGAACAUCUUGCGGAACAAGCUUAAACUCCAAAAAAGGCGGUCAGAUUUCAAACGAAAUGGAGUCCAGCAAUCCAGUUGAAAAUGCUGAUACUGCUGAACAUGCAGACCCAUUUCUUGAUGCUUCUGUCAUGGAGAAGGUUUUGCAAAGACGGAGCUUGCGAUUGCGUAAUAUGCAAAGAACUUGGCAGGAAUCACCUGAAGGAAGACGAAUGCUGGAUUUUAGGAAAUCUCUCCCUGCAUUUAGGGAGAAGGAAAGGCUCCUUCAAGAAAUUGUGAAGAAUCAGGUUGUGGUGAUUUCUGGAGAGACUGGUUGUGGUAAGACCACUCAACUCCCUCAAUAUAUUUUGGAGGCAAAUAUAGAGUCUGGCAGGGGAGCAUUUUGUAACAUAAUCUGUACGCAGCCCCGAAGAAUAUCAGCAAUGACUGUCGCAGAAAGAGUUUCUGCUGAGCGGGGAGAGCAUCUUGGUGAAUCAAUUGGAUAUAAAGUGCGAUUAGAGGGAAUGAAAGGCAAGAAUACACAUUUGCUUUUCUGUACCACUGGAAUUUUGCUCCGAAGGCUCUUGAGCGAUAGAAACCUAGAUGGUGUAACACAUAUUUUUGUUGAUGAAAUUCAUGAGCGAGGCAUGAAUGAAGAUUUCUUGUUGAUUGUCUUAAAGGAUCUUCUUCCACGACGACGGGAUUUGAGAUUAAUCUUGAUGAGUGCCACUCUGAGUGCUGAUCUAUUUUCUAAUUAUUUCGGUGGAGCACCUAUGAUUCAUAUUCCUGUAAGUUCAAAUAGGAGUUGCCUAAAACUUAUGAAUUUGCGGUGUUAGAUCCUGCAAUAGAGUCUUGUUUGGUACUUGACCA